AUGGGGACGUUUUUGGAUAACAAGCAUGAGUACCUCAAGGAACACAACAUUCCGCAGCUCAUGGACAACAUUGUGCGGAACCUCUUGCAAGAUCUUCCGGAAAACCCAACUAAGUACAUCCACGACCUCCUGAAGGGUCCAAUUCCACCGCAGAUCAUUAUUGCAGGCCCUCCUGGAAGUGGCAAAGGAACACAAUGUCAUGCCAUUGUGGAACGUUUUGGAGUUGUGCAUAUCUCUUCUGGAGAUAUACUGCGUGCAGAGGUGGCGGCAGGCACUGAUGAAGGAAAGAUGGCAGAAUCCUUCAUUAACAGUGGUCAGCUGGUUCCCAACAAACUCAUUACAGGUAUGGUUUGCAACAGGCUAGAGAAGGAAGAUGUGAAAGAGCGUGGGUGGUUGCUUGACGGGUUUCCCCGCUGCAAUGUUCAGGCAGAAGCGCUGGAGGCUGUAGGCAUUGUACCGCACGUCGUUGUUUUGUUGGAGGUGCCUGAUGCAACCGUCAUUGAGCGCAUAGAGAACCGCCGCACAGAUCCGGUCACGGGUGAUGUUUACCACCUGAUGUACAACCCUCCUCCGCCCGAGGACGUCGCCCUGUGCGACCGCCUCAUUCAGCGCGAAGACGAUCACCGCGAGACCGUUACGGCUCGUCUGAAGGUUUACCACAAGAACAUCAGUGGCCUCAAGGCGCACUAUGGAACUCUCGUUGAAACUGUAAAUGGGGAUGAAAGCAUCGAGCACGUUACGGAAUGUGUUCUCACAGCUGUGGAAAAGCGUCGUCUCAAGUAG